AUCUCCACCUGCAUCAAGGACCUGCCAGUCUGAGCAGUUUUCUGUCCCAAGGUCACCAAGGGGCUACCUGCUCCCCCACUGCCAGCCUCCAGCAUGCAGGAGGCCUUCAUGACACCAACACCUUCGGGCCCCAGCCACUCCUCAGUCUCCACCCAGGACAAGUCCUCCUCUGGCCCACAGCCCUCGAAGCCCUCGGUCGUGCCAGGCCCCACGAGGUCCAAGAACCCCAGUUCCAGGGCCAAUUCCCACCUGAUGCGCCGGAUCAUUGCAGAGGAUGCCGAGUGGUCACUGGCCAUUGUGCCCCUCCUAACAGAGCUCUGCAUUCAGCACAUCAUCAAGAACUUCCAGAAUAACCCCAUCCUGAAGCAGCUGCUCCCGGAGCACCAGCAGAAGGUCCUGAGCCACCUGUCCCCUGACCUGCCACUGGCUGUGACAGCCAACCUGAUCGCCGACGAAAGCUACUGGCGCCGCUGCUGCACGCAGCGCUGGCCCAUGUGCCACGUGGCCGGGCACGGCGGCAACUGGAAGCGCAUGUUCUUCGAGAGGCACCUGGAGGACCUGCUGAAGCACUUCAUCCCGGGCACCACGGACCCCGCGGUGAUCCUGGACCUGCUGCCGCUCUGCAGGGACUACGUGCGCCGCAUCCACGUGGACCAGUUCCUGCCGCCCGUGCUGAUGCCGUCACCGCCCAUGACCGAGGACCAGUCAGACUCGGGCAGCGAGGGAGAGAUGGAGGAGGCCGCCCUCGACCACUACCAGCUGGGCGACCUGGUGGCAGGCCUGAGUCACCUGGAGGAGCUGGACCUGGUGUACGGCGUCAAGGACUGCGGCAUGAACUUCGAGUGGAACCUCUUCCUCUUCACCUACCGCGACUGCCACGCCUUGGCGGCCACCAUCAAGGCAUGCCACACCCUCAAGAUCUUCAGGCUGACACGAAGCAAGGUGGAUGAUGACAAGGCACGCAUCAUCAUUCGGAGCCUCCUGGACCACCCAGUCCUCGAGGAGCUGGACCUGUCGCACAACCUCAUUGGGGACCGCGGCGCGCGUGGCGCUGCCAAGCUGCUGAGCCACAGUCACCUGCGUGUGCUCAACCUGGCCAACAACCAGGUGCGUGCACCUGGUGCCCAGUCCCUGGCUCACGCCCUGGCACAGAACACCAGCCUCAUUUCCCUCAACCUGCGCCUCAACUGCAUCGAGGAUGAGGGUGGCCAGGCUCUGGCCCAUGCCUUGCAGACCAACAGGUGCCUCACAACGCUGCACCUCGGUGGCAACGAGCUGUCCGAGCCCACCGCCACGCUACUGUCCCAGGUGCUCGCUGUCAACACCACGCUCACCAGCAUCAACCUGUCCUGCAACCACAUCGGGCUGGAUGGUGGGAAGCAGCUCCUAGAAGGCAUGUCAGACAACACGACCCUCCUGGAAUUUGACUUGCGCCUGUCAGAUGUCGCCCAGGAGAGCGAGUACCUCAUUGGCCAGACCCUCUAUGCCAACCGAGAAGCAGCCCGCCAGCGGGCCUUGAAUCCCGGCCACUUCAUGUCACACUGAUCACUGCCGAUGGCCCUGAGAACCCCAUGGGAUGAGA